UACACACUGUUAGUAAAUGAGAUCCUAUGGCAGCUUGCCAAAAACAAAACAUCGCCCAGGGGAACGACAUCAUUUGGAGCGCUUCUGUUCCCACCCGGCGUGUAAACACCAGCGCACCCGGAAAAGGGAACAGCGUGGAUUGUGGCUGUAGCAAAGCAGCUGCUAACAUUUUUAGCUUCAAACUCUGCUGAAUGUUUUGUUUACAACAUGGAUAAUACGACAGAAGGGACGUGGGACAGUUUACCCGUUAAACUCAACGAGAAGAUUUUGCAAACGCUCGAUGAACUUAAAUUCACGCACAUGACACCUGUACAGUCUGCUUGUAUUCCGCUGUUCAUGAGUAACAAGGACGUGGCUGCCGAGGCGGUGACUGGGAGUGGAAAGACGCUGGCUUUUGUCAUUCCUAUCAUAGAACUGCUCCUGAAGCGGGAAGAGAAGCUAAAGAAGAUGCAGGUCGGUGCCCUGGUGAUCACUCCCACAAGAGAACUGGCCUUACAGAUCAGUGAAGUGAUGGAGCAGUUUAUUGAGAAAUUUCCCCAGUUUAAGCAGAUUUUACUUAUCGGUGGCACUAACCCAGUAGAGGAUGUGGAGAAGUUCAAGGAUAAAGGAGCAAACAUUGUGAUUGCGACACCAGGACGCCUGGAAGAUAUGUUCAGGAGGAAGUCGGAUGGUCUGGACUUGGCCAGCUCAAUCAAGAGUCUGGACGUGCUGGUUCUCGAUGAGGCUGAUAGGCUGCUCGACAUGGGAUUUGAGGCCAGUCUAAACACCAUCUUGGGGUACCUGCCUAAGCAGAGACGUACAGGCUUGUUUUCAGCCACUCAGACCCAGGAGCUGGAGAAGCUGGUGAGGGCCGGCCUCCGGAAUCCCGUACGGAUCACCGUCAAAGAGAAAGGCCUGGCCACUGCCGCCGCUGCCCAGAAAACCCCCUCCAGGCUCUCCAACUACUACACUAUUUGUAGAGCAGAGGACAAGUUCAACAACCUGGUGGCAUUUCUUAGACAGCACAAGCACGAGAAGCUUCUGGUCUUCUUUAGUACCUGUGCUUGUGUGGAGUACUACGGCCGAGCUCUAGAGAUGCUGGUCAAGAAGGUCACCAUCCAUUGCAUCCACGGCAAGAUGAAGCACAAGCGCAACAGCAUCUUUGCUGACUUUCGGAAACUAAAAAGUGGGAUCUUAGUGUGUACAGACGUUAUGGCCAGAGGCAUUGAUAUCCCUGAUGUCAACUGGGUGCUGCAGUAUGAUCCUCCCAGCAGUGCCAGUGCCUUCGUACAUCGAUGUGGGCGAACGGCACGAAUCGGUAAUUACGGCAAUGCCCUCGUCUUCUUGCUGCCAAUGGAGCAAUCCUACGUUAACUUCCUGUCCAUCAAUCAGAAGUGUCCACUCCAGAAGAUGUCCCCAGUAAAGGACGUUGUGGAUGUACUCCCAAAAGUGAAGGCCAUGGCUCUGGAGGACCGGGCCAUGUUCGAAAGAGGCAUGAAAGCAUUCGUCUCGUACGUCCAGGCCUACGCCAAACAUGAAUGUAGCCUCAUCUUCAGGACCAAAGAUCUGGACUUUGCCUGCUUGGCUCGUGGCUUUGCACUCCUUCGCCUGCCCAGGAUGCCUGAACUGAAGGACAAAACGUUCCCCGAUUUCAUUGAGACAACCGUGGACACAGACACCAUCCGUUACAAAGACAAGAACAGGGAGAAGCAGAGACAGAAAGCACUGGCCGAGCUGAAGGCCAGGACUCCCUUUCCUAAAAAGACCUUUAUAAAAAAUGAGUCCUGGUCUAAACAGAAGGGCAAAAAGGAACGCAGGAAAAAGAUGGCAGCCAAGAGAAAGCACAAUGAGGAUUCUGAUGUCGACGAUGAAGACUUCAAAGAGCUUUUAAAUGACACUCGCCUCCUCAAGAAACUAAAGAAAGGCCAAAUCAGCGAGGAGGACUUUGAGCAACAGAUAACAAGUGGACCAAAGUCCAAACACAAGACAGAAGGACAGUAACGACAGUUUGGAUGAAGACAGUGGACGAUAAGACAGCUAUUCAGAUCUGUCAGAAUUAAAUCCAUGACAUUCAUGUCCUUUUAAUACGUUUU